GACCUCCCCCGAUUCUGCCACACCGACCGUCGCUCUUCGCCGCGACUCCCCAGCGCGCACAAGCCAAGCGGCCUCCAAUUCAUAUAGGUGCGGCAAGAAAAAAAAGAGCCCACCAAAUUGGUUUUCGCGUGGGAGGCGUUCGGGGCCAAGCAGGCAUCGAACUCCUCGCCGCUUCGAAAGUGCGGCGCCUGGUGGAAAAGAAAUCAAGAGCGUGGUGGAGCACAAGCAAGCAAUCCCCAUCUCAAAGUCGGAAUCAAGAACCCUGAAACUUAUUUUCUGCUAGGUGAUCUCCACCCACACACACAACACGCAGAAUAACGAGUGAAAAAACAUUCUGCUAUUGCAGAACUGAUAUCUUAAAAUAUGUCGCUUCUUUAAUUUUGCAUCGCUAAUGCAGGGAAUCAUGCAAAGUCGGCGAGGCAAGGGACCGAAUAUCAGGAAAAUGCGAGUACGAGAGGCUGGAAAAGGAUUGAUCGCGUCAUGUUUCCUUUGUGUGUGAAUUGGCUCCAGCAGGUCAGAGAAUCGAGUUCCUUUGGUUGCUUUCAGGACUCCUAAACCGUUAACGCGGCUGCCUGCUUGUGGCCAGUGGCUGGUUUGGCCUUGGCAUCCUUUGUUCUGGUCAUCCUAUAAAUUGGCAGGUGGGUGUUUCUUGUUGCCUUAUUAAGCCCACAACGAAGUGGCUGGCUGGUACUAGUAGGAGGAAUAAGCUCAGUUCUCUGUCUGUUUAAGUGUUUGAGCCUAUUUGCGCCACGAAAAAUGAGCAUCAAAAGCAUUAAUGGGAAGAGCCCCAUAGUGAUUGGGCCUUGGGGAGGGACAGGAGGAUACCCUUGGGAUGACGGUGUAUACUCGACAAUACGCCAGAUCGUGAUCACCCAUGGUGCAGCUAUUGACUCAAUAAGGAUCGAGUAUGAUCUGAAAGGAAGAUCAGUUUGGUCAGAGACACACGGGGGCACUGAUGGAGGCUCUGAAACAGAUAAGGUGAAGCUAGAUUUUCCUGACGAAAUCCUUAUAUCUGUAAGUGGCUACUACGGAUCAAUCUGCGGGACUCCGGUCAUCAUAAGAUCGCUGACAUUUCAGAGCAACCGUUCAAAGUAUGGGCCUUUCGGCACUGAAGAUGGGACGCCUUUCUCACUUCCAGUGAGCAGUGGCAAGAUUAUUGGAUUUCAUGGACGGUCUGGGUCAUAUCUCAACUCAAUAGGCUUUUAUCUGAAGCAAGUGCAUGUUCCAAAUCCAUUGAAUUCACCAGCCUCACCUGGAAGCCUCCCAAACGCAUAUAGUAGAAAUGGUUAUGGCUUCACUGAGGGUGGUCCUGGACAUGACAACAUGGUCCUCGCUGUGCGAGAUAGAGGCGACAGCUACGCUGUUUAUGCUAGCAAUCACCCCAAGCAGUAUUACACAAAUCCGUCCCCGGAUUAUAAUGAUGGAGCUCUCUGGAAUAAGAUGGUUUCUUUCCCUAGUUACUACGGAGAGAAAGGAGCUGCAGCUGUGAGAAGCCCUCAGACUUAUGGUCCCUGGGGUGGAAGUGGUGGCACCAUCUUUGAUGAUGGCGUAUACACCGGUGUGUGGCAGAUCAAUUUGACCCGCGCAGUGGGAAUUUCUUCUAUGAAGGUUCUGUAUGAUCGAAAUGGGCAGGCAGUAUGGGGUAACAAGCACGGAUUCAGUGGAGGUGUUUCACCUGACAGGAUAGUAUUCGAUUUCCCGUCCGAGGUGUUGACUCAUAUAACUGGGUACUACGAUUCGGCAAUAAUCAUGGGCCCAACCGUUGUUAGAUCGCUCAUGUUCCACACGAACAAGCGGACAUACGGACCAUAUGGGGAUGAGUACGGCACAUACUUCUCCACAAGUUUUACCAAUGGGAGGAUAGUAGGAUUUCAUGGCAGGGAGGGUUGGUACAUCGAUGGCAUUGGAGUUCAUGUCCAGGAAGGCAAGGUGGCACCACAGAGAUUUAUUAGCAGAACAAGGACCACGACGAGUCCAUCUUUGCUUUACCACAUGCCUGCCCAAGCGCAAAGUGACUCGGACGAUGAGGUUGCUUAUGGCGUGGUGAAAGAACCGGUCCCAAUGGGGCCAGGGCCGUGGGGCGGGGAGGGAGGCCGGCCAUGGGACGAUGGCGUUUACACCGGGGUGAAACAGAUCUACAUCAUGAGAGGCGCGUUCAUCGGGUCGAUACAGAUCGAGUACGACAGGGGUGGCCACUCCAUCUGGUCUGCAAGGCACGGGAACAGUGGCCACAUAACCCACAGGGUUAAGCUGGACUACCCCCACGAGGUGCUCACAUGCGUGUACGGCUACUACAACAGCAGGAGGGAGGAAGGGUCCCGGGUCCUGAGGUCGCUCACGUUCAUCACCAACCGGGGCAAGUACGGGCCGUUCGGCGACGAGGCCGGCGCCUACUUCUCGUCGGCGACGACGGAGGGGAAGGUGGUCGGGUUCCACGGCCGGAGCGGGCAGCACCUGGACGCCAUCGGCGUGCACAUGCAGCACUGGCUCGGGGACAGGAGGCCUGCCCCCAAAUACGUGCUGUCCAAGUACCUCUUCUGAUCGGGCUGGUCAAUUUACAUGUAGUUUCGGUUGCACGAGAUUUGGUUUUGGGCUUAGUUUGGAGGCAGCAUACUGUCUGCAUUUGAGUUCAUUCCCUGUAUUCAGGCGUACGUACUGAAUGCUAAUUUAGUAAUUCUUACAUAA